CCCCUCCUCACAUCCUUUUGCUUUCAGCAACUCAUUUCACCUCUGAGCCUCUCUUUUUGUCUUGUGAAAGUGGAAAUUAUUUAUUCUCCUGCAGUACUGGUGUGAGCUGAAGCAUAAUUAGUGUUUGGAAGAUUCACUGAUAAUUAUGGUACCAGCAAAGGGCUGAGGAAUCUGGAUUUGAUUUCUUGCUCUGUCAUUCAUUUGACAGUGAAAAAGGUCACUUAACCUGUAAUAUUUUUUCAGUGCAGACAACCAGGGACCCAUAAGAUGCUUCUUUAAGAAGUCUUCAGUUUGGUCUUUACUUUUAGGAACCCUCUACUGGUGAGACCUUGAUCAGUCUCUCUGCUUGGGUUUUCUUUUAUGAGUAGGAAGAGUUUCAGUUAAAUCAAAUUGAAGAAAACUUAUGAUAAUCUUUGCUUUAAGUCUUCUCAUGAACAGUAUGGGAAAACCACUUGUAACUUGGUGCUUUUAGAGAGAUUUAAUAGUAAUUUAAUAGAUUUAAAGUAAUCUUACAGUUCAGCAGGAUUAAUAGCACUGAAAUGUAAGUAUCAGAAGGGUUUUAAUACAGAGAAUAUAUUUAGGACACAUAUUCUUUGGUCAGCAGCUCAGUGGUUAUAGAACCUGUUACACAGGUACUUAAUUACUGCUUAAUUCUGUGGUUGUCCUGCCUCAGUCAUGCUCCCUGAUGAAGUUUGUCCCUCAAUUAAUGAGCCUGGUGUGUUAGAUGUCAUUAAGGCAUAGUGGUAACACUUGCAUUAACUUAUUUACAGGAAAAGUUGGUGUCAGAGUCACCUUGCUUUGACUGAAAUGUUAAAACAAUAAAAUGCUUUGCUGGGAGCUGUCCUUAGAGGAGUUGUUUAUUUUAUUUUUUUUUUUUCAUUUCUCUGUGCACUCCACUUUUCUCUGGGCUCUCCAGGCUUUCCUGAAAAUGCUCUCAGCUGAUUUCCCUGUCAGUUCUCUUUGGCUCACUCAGGCUCUGCCCAGAGCAGUGCAUUAACCAUUGUGAGGGAGCAGAGUAAAGCUGACUGUGCUGAGGAACAAAGACCUAAAUCUCUUUUCCUUGAACUCCCCAUAAUCCUUUUGAAAUCUGAUUUAUGCCUCAAGCAUUUCUUUUGCAACAAUCGAGUUUCAAACCCACAGAAUCAGUUGGAUUCUCCCUGUAUUGUGUGUUUGGGUGUGUGAGGAUUCCUCCAGGAGAGCUGAUCCCAUGGAAUCUCCUCCCUGCAGAUCUCGGUGCUGACGGUGGCAGACGCAGUCCGGACGUGUUCCCUGGACCAGUGCUACAAAACCUUCCUGUCCCCUGCCACCAGUGAGACCAAGAGGAAGAUGUCCACCUUUGUCAGCAGCAUCAAGGCAUCUGACAGCUCCACACAGCACGCCCUGGGCUUCCAGAAGGCUUUCCAGCUCCUCAGGAACACCAACAAUGGCACCAGGCUCCAAGGAAAUACUGACAUGGUCAUCAUUUAUCUCUCGGCUGGGAUCACAUCAAAAGAUUCCUCAGAAGAGGAUAAAAAAGCCACUCUACGUGUCAUCAACGAAGAAAACAGCUUCCUCAAUAACUCAGUGAUGAUCCUCACUUAUGCCCUCAUGAAUGAGGGGGUGACAGGGCUGAAGGAAUUGGCUUUCCUGCGCGACCUGGCCGAGCAGAACUCGGCCAAGUACGGCGUGGCCGACCGCAGCUCCCUGCCCGUCACCAAGGGCAGCAUGAUGGUCCUCAACCAGCUCAGCAACCUGGAGACCACCGUGGGCAGGUUCUACACCAACCUGCCCAACAGGAUGAUCGACGAGGCCGUGUUCAGCCUGCCCUUCUCCGACGAGAUGGGCGACGGCCUGAUAAUGACUGUCAGUAAACCCUGUUACUUUGGGAACCUCCUGCUGGGAAUUGUUGGAGUAGAUGUCAAUCUUGCCUAUAUCUUGGAAGAUGUCACCUAUUACCAGGAUUCCUUGGGAUCCUACACCUUCCUGAUUGAUAAUAAAGGAUACACUCUGAUGCAUCCCUCCCUGACCAGGCCCUACCUGCUGUCUGAGCCUCCUCUCCACACUGACAUCAUCCACUAUGAGAACAUUCCCAAAUUCGAGCUGGUUCGCCAGAACAUCCUCAGCAUUCCCUUGGGCAGCCAGAUCAUCACAGUUCCUGUGAACUCCUCACUGUCCUGGCACGUCAACAAGCUGAGGGAGAUUGGGAAAGAAGCCUACAAUGUCAGCUAUGCCUGGAAAAUGGUGCAGGACACAUCCUUUAUCCUGUGUGUGGUGGUGAUCCAGCCAGAAAUUCCUGUGAAGCAGCUGAAGAACCUCAACACUGUGCCCAGCAGCAAACUGCUCUACCACAGGCUGGACCUGCUGGGCCAGCCCAACGCCUGCCUGCACUUCAAGCAGCUGGCCACCCUGGAGAGCCCCACAGUGAUGCUGUCUGCAGGCAGCUUCUCCUCCCCCUACGAGCACCUGAGCCAGCCUGAGACCAAGAGGAUGGUGGAGCACUACACGGCUUACCUGAGUGACAACACACGGCUCAUUGCCAACCCCGGCCUCAAGUUUUCUGUCAGGAAUGAAGUAAUGGCAACCAGUCAUGGCACGGAUGAAUGGAUGACCCAGAUGGAGAUGAGUGGCCUCAACAGUUACAUUGUCAGGCGUUACAUAGCAACCCCCAACGGCGUGCUCCGCAUCUACCCCGGCUCCCUCAUGGACAAAGCUUUUGAUCCCACCAGGAGACAAUGGUACCUGCAUGCAGUGGCCAAUCCAGGACUGAUCACCUUUACUGGGCCCUACCUGGACGUGGGAGGGGCUGGAUAUGUGGUGACCAUCAGCCACACUGUCCAUUCCUCCAGUGCUCAGAUGUCCUCAGGACACUCCGUGGCUGUGAUGGGCAUUGACUUCACCCUCAGAUAUUUCUACAAAGUCCUCAUGGACCUGCUGCCAGUUUGUAACCAAGAUGGGGGGAACAAAAUCAGGUGCUUCAUCAUGGAGGACAGGGGGUACCUGGUGGCUCAUCCGACCCUCAUCGACCCCAAGGGCCACGCUCCUGUGGAGCAGCAGCACAUCACACACAAGGAGCCUCUGGUAGCAAAUGACAUCCUGAACCACCCCAACUUCGUGAAGAAAAACCUCUGCAACAGCUUCAGCGACAGGACCGUGCAGCGCUUCUACAAAUUCAACACCAGCUUAGUGGGUGACCUGACCAACCUCGUGCAUGGCAGUCACUGCUCCAAGUACAGACUGACGAGGAUCCCGGGCACCAACGCCUUCGUGGGCAUCGUCAACGAGACGUGUGACUCGCUGGCCUUCUGUGCCUGCAGCAUGGUGGACAGGCUGUGCCUCAACUGCCACAGGAUGGAACAGAACGAGUGUGAGUGUCCCUGUGAGUGCCCACUGGAGGUGAACGAGUGCACUGGGAACCUGACCAACGCUGAGAGCAGGAACCCCAGCUGUGAGGUGCAUCAGGAGCCCAUGACUUUCACAGCCAUUGAUCCCAGCCUGCAGGAUGCACUCCCACAGUGCAUCAACACCCAGUGCAACCAGAGGACAGAGAGUGGGGAUUGCUUUGGAGUGCUGGACUGUGAGUGGUGCAUGGUGGACAGUGAUGGGAAGACCCACCUGGACAAGUCCUACUGUGCCCCCCAGAAGGAAUGCUUUGGUGGCAUUGUGGGAGCCAAGAGUCCCUAUGUGGAUGACCUGGGAGCAAUAGGAGAUGAGGUGAUCACCCUGAACAUGAUCAAGAGUGCCCCCGUGGGCCCCGUGGCUGGAGGCAUCAUGGGCUGCAUCAUGGUGCUGGUGCUGGCCGUGUACGCGUACCGGCACCAGAUCCACCGCCGCAGCCACCAGCACAUGUCCCCGCUGGCAGCACAGGAAAUGUCAGUGCGCAUGUCCAACCUGGAAAACGACAGGGACGAGAGGGAUGAUGACAGCCAUGAAGACAGAGGAAUCAUCAGCAACACUCGGUUCAUCGCGGCCGUGAUCGAGCGCCACGCGCACAGCCCCGAGCGCCGGCGCCGCUACUGGGGCCGCUCGGGCACCGAGAGCGACCACGGCUACAGCACGAUGAGCCCUCAGGAGGACAGCGAGAACCCCCCCUGCAAUAACGACCCUCUCUCGGCCGGGGUGGAUGUGGGGACCCACGACGAGGACCUGGAGCUGGACACGCCCCCGCAGACGGCAGCGCUGCUGAGCCACAAAUUCCACCAUUACCGGCUGCACCACCCCACCCUGCACCACAGCCACCACCUGCAGGCCGCCACAGCCACCACCUGCAGGGUGCCACAGCCACCACCUACCUGCAGGCUGCUGGCACUGGGGACAUCACAGCCACCUCCUGCAGGCUGCUGGCACUGGAGACACCACAGCCACCUCCUGCUGGCACCAUGCACUGAGGACAUCACAGAUGCCACUCCAGAGCCACGGGGACUGUGCUGCUCCCCAGUUACAAACUCACAGGCUUCCCCACCAAACUGAGGCAUCAGAACUUUGCAUUUUUACAAAUAGAAGGUUGGCUCUGGCCUGGAAACGUGCUUGAUGAAUGGACCUGCCAAAACACAGAGACAGAUGGAGCAGGAGGCACGUUAGACCUCCAGGAACAGGGAUGGGAGUUUAUCCAGCAGCUGGAGUUUGUUGUGCUGAGCCAAGAGCACAGAGGGAGCUUAAAGAGCCAGAGAUGAUUUGGUUUCCUUAACUGGAAGAGCAGGAAUCUGCAGCUGGAGAGCCCAGAAGUGCCAGACAGAGCAGGGAAGGCUGCUGGCUUUUCUGCAGGUGGAGAGAUCCCUGUACCCACAGGACCUGGGACAAUGCAUCUCGAGAUUUUUAAGUAAAGGAUUAUUUUUCUACUAUUUAUUGAACUUGAAACUUUGGGGGGAGGGAGGGGAGAAAACCUGUUAGGGAUUCUCAAUGAGUACCACGUGCAUUCUGUGCUGGGGAAGGGGCUCUUCCCAGGAAAAGAGCUGUUCCUUAGGAGCUGAUCUUCAGCAGUGCCCCACUCUGCAAAGAGAAAAUGAAGAAGCCCUCUCUGCCUCGGUGUUUACAUUCGGAUUGCUUUCUUUUCCACACUUGUUUCCUGUAAAUAUUACAGCCUGAUUUAUAUUCCAGUAUUGUCUUCCUAUUUGCAGAGGAGAAAUCCUGUACUCUCUUACUAAAAUUCGGAGAAUUCUGCCCAGAAUGUGCCCAGAAACUUCUCCAUCUUUAUCUCUUCGCUCAUCCUUAAAGGAUUCCUGUGUGGAAGUAAUAAAGAAUUUCUUUAGCAUUAGUUACCAGAUAAUCCCAAAUGGAAUCUGUGCCAUUCUUCUGUUUCCUUAAACCACAAGUAGGGAUAAACCAGUGUUUUGUAAAACUUGGGUUACUGUGGAAGAAACCUUGAAACCAUAAUGAGAAGCUGCUGCUGUUUGUCUGGAAUUUUAACCUUGCUUGGUAAUUCAAACAAAGAUUAAUCAAUGUCUACAACACAGGGCAUCAUAAUUAUCAAUUAGUUUUCAAUCACAGUGUUGUAUUUUAGAUUCACAUUUUGUGAUUACAAUGAUAUCAAGCCGUUCUUGCACUGUGCAUAUGAUAAACAUCCAUUUAUAUGUAGGGUUUUUUUUUUUAAAUCACUUGUUUUAAUUAAUAUGGUACUUAAUACUGUAUUAUGUAAAAAAUCGGUUCUUAAACAGUACAGUAAAAUAACUCUAUGUGUGAUACCAGGAUACCCCUUUAUACUAUGUAUAAAAUUAAAAUCUCUAGUGAAAUAAACUGUAUAUAAGUAUAGAUAUGUGGAGAAGUGACUGCA